CAAAUUCAUCCGACGUUGGAGGAUUCGAAAUCGUGCGCCGUGGAGAUUUGUUCGUAUCAUGUUAUUAUUUGUGUGGCUAAUUUAGUAAAUUAAAUCACCACUAUGGCUACAAACGAUUCAAAUGUAGAAGAUGAUGCUUCAUGUCACACUAUUUUGGAUAAAAUCAAUUCAAUAAACGACACUGUUGUCACCAAGGCACCAGAUAUUAAUGAUUUCACCAUCAUUAAACCUAUUAGCCGUGGCGCUUUCGGUAAAGUUUUCUUAGCACACAAAAAGAGCAAUAAGGAUCAGCUGUAUGCCAUCAAAGUUAUGAAAAAGUCGGAUAUGAUCAACAAAAAUAUGGUCACGCAAGUUGUAACUGAGAGAAAUGCUUUGGCACUCUCAAGAAGCCCUUUUUGUGUCCAUUUAUUUUAUUCUUUGCAGUCAACUUCAUCUAUAUACCUGGUGAUGGAGUACAUGGUUGGUGGUGAUUUAAAAUCAUUGCUUGGUGUUUAUGGGUUUUUAGAAGAAUCUAUGGCAGUUUUUUAUGUAGCAGAAGUCACUCUUGCAUUGGACUACUUGCACAAACACAACAUUGUACAUAGAGACCUGAAACCAGAUAACAUGCUCAUCUCCAGAUCAGGCCAUGUAAAACUUACUGAUUUUGGUUUGUCCAAAAUUGAAGUUAAUAGAGAUUUGGAGAUAUCAGAUUUUGUGAACUGCACCCCCAGCCUGAACAUGAGAACACCAGGCCAGCUGCUGUCACUCACAUCUCACUUGUCCUUUGGCUCCGGAGAGAACAGCACACACAACUCUGUCAUGUCUACAGAUGCUUGUGAGAACCUUCUUGAUGAGCUUAAAGAGACCAGCAAACUGAGAAACCUUUUUGAUGGAGUCAGUGGGUUAGAAUGCUCACCAUUAUUGAAUCAAUCACAGAUGUCAGGGAUACAUCCAUUUAUGAGUGCGGAAAGCAUUAAUUUCGAAAAUUCUCAAGACUCAGGCUCAUAUCACACUUGUGAAAGUUCAAAGAACAGUUCGAACUCUAGAAGUAACAAAUCUACAGACCCAAGUAGCAACAGUUCAGUGGGAGAGUCCACUAUGCUGUCUGAUUCACAGCAUGAUCAGUCCACUUCACCUCUGUGUAGGGGACAUUCCUUGAAGAGAAUACCCAGUUUCAGAGCCAAAAAAAGAAAGAGGAUUUUGGAUUGUGAUGGUGACACCCCUACAGGUGUUACAAGCCUUUUGGAGUCUAAAGAAAAUCACAGUGGCCUUACACAAGAAAUUAUGGCGUUAGAAUUGAGUCAGAACACACCUAAACGAAUGUCCAUACACCCUACGCCGGACAAACGCAAAAAUCCUAUAAAGGGUGUGUUAAAGAAACGAUGGGUAUCGCAAAAUGAUAGCCACCAUUUCAAUGUAGGAGUAAUUUUUUCUACGCCCGUAUCAAACAAGUCGCCGGAAACAAAGAAGAAAGAAACACGUUUCAAUCUUCCCAAAGAAGAUCACCCACCAUCGGGGACCAAGGAAAAAACUAUAAUGUUUGGCAAACAUGUUUCAACAAGCUUAGAAAUAUUUCCUACUAGGAGGUUAAGUAAGGGCGAAGGAAGUCGGUCGCCUACAGAUUUGUGUAGGACUCCGCUAGCCACCGCUCAUACGCCAUACAGGACGCCGAAGAGUGUGCGGCGAGGCAACUUAGUUUCAGACCAAAGGAUUUUAGGAACUCCUGAUUAUUUAGCACCUGAGUUACUUUUGAGAAAGGGCCACGGUCCUGCAGUGGACUGGUGGGCGCUGGGAGUAUGUUUGUACGAGUUCAUGACAGGAGUUCCGCCUUUCAAUGAUGAAACACCACAAGCAGUCUUCAAGAACAUACUGUCACGAAACAUCGAAUGGCCAGAAGACGACGAAGCACUAUCCCCGGAGGCAGUGAGUGCGAUCGAGGCGUUACUCACUAUGGAGCCGGCAGCGCGGCCGGCGGCCACAGCUGUGAAAGAAAUGCCUAUAUUCCGCAACAUCGACUGGGACAACCAACUCAAUGUGGAGCCGCCCUUCGUACCUACCCUCGAUGAUGUACACGAUACUGGCUACUUUCAAGCUCGCAAUAUCCUGCAACAUUUGCAUGUUUCGAACUUCGACAUGUAACAGGAGGUAACUGUAGGUAGACAUAUUACUCAAUAUUUAAACAAAUGUAUUCGUAGAUAAUGUGAUAUGUAGUGCGUAUAAUCGAUUUUAAUAUUGUGAUUAUUAUAGCAAAUUUUUUACUUACAAUAAUGUACUAAUCAAAACCAUAUAUUUAAAGACUGAAUUUAUGAACUGUAUGCCAUUUCAUUAAUUACUAUUUAAGCGAUUUUUCAUAGGUAAUG